GCAACACCACUAGCCACUAGCCCAGCCCGGUGGUAUGGCGUGCUCUCGGCAGAUCGUACACAGGCCGUAACAGCCGGAGGCGCGGUUACAGGACUGUCCCGUCCGUUCGGGCUAGCUUGGCGAAAAUGGGAGCGUCGCCGUUAGUGAUAGGAUCUGUCAGGCGGCCUACCACCCUAAGCAAGAAAGAGCCACGGUAGCUCUUACUUGAAGCAUCGCAUUUGUUUUGUCGUCGCGCGCCAUGAGUGGGGUUUAUAAGGCACCCCCUCCCCGUUCCCCGGAACGAUCGACGUGAUCGCAAGCCGCCGCCAGAAAAUAUACAGGUUUUGAGGCGGUAGGAGACGGCGGCCGCGUAGGAGAUGAAGGACCUAGUGGGGCUGGGGCACUUGUUCGUGGUGGCAUUCCUCUUCCACUUCUCCUCCUUCAUGGUGCUCCCGGCGAUCACCGACGUGACCAUGGAGGCCGUCUGCCCCGGCCGCGACGAGUGCUCCGUCGCCAUCUACCUCAGCGGCUUCCAGAACGCCAUCACGGGGCUGGGGGCUCUGGUGGUGACUCCGAUCGUCGGGAAUUUGUCGGACAAGUACGGCCGGAAGGCGCUGAUGACGCUGCCGGUGACCGUCGCCAUUUUGCCCCUCUUUAUACUGGCGUGCAACCGAUCGGCGGUGUACUUCUACGUCUACUACGUGGUGAAGAUCCUCGCCGGGAUCUUCUGCGAGGGCAGCAUCCACUGCCUCUCGCUUGCUUACGUGGCGGACCACGUAGGGACCAAACGGCGAGCGGCGGCGUUCGGGCUCCUUUCAGGCGUGUCGGCGGCCGGCUUCCUCUCGGGGACCCUCACGGCGCGGUUCCUCGCCACCUCCUCCACCUUCCAGGUCGCCGCGGCCGUCGGGACCGCGGGAGCAAUCUACCUCAGGGCGUUCGUCCCGGAUUCCGGCGCCGCUGUCUCCUUCGAUGACGAUGCCUGCGAUUCCCUGCUCCAAGACUCGUCCUGCUCCUCUGCGGCUUCGUCUUCCGCUUCCUCCGAUGAAGAGCUGUCGCCGAGGCUUCCGCCUUACAAGGGCGUGCUGCCGUCGCCGUCCGACAUGGUCGCGCUCCUCACUGGCAGUUUGACCUUGUCAACGGCGGCCAUGAUUACUUUCUUUUACAGCCUCGGUGAACACGGUCUCCAGACUGCAUUACUAUACUACCUGAAAGCGCAGUUUGGUUACAGCAAAGACGAGUUUGCUAAUCUAAUGCUGAUUGCCGGUGCUGCGGGAAUGAUCUCACAGUUAACAGUAAUGCCAAUAUUUGCCCCAAUUGUUGGUGAGGAGAUGCUACUUAUUGUUGGGCUGUUAGGAGGAUGCACUCAUGUUUUCCUGUAUGGCAUCGCAUGGUCGUACUGGGUACCUUACUUUGCUGCAGCGUUUAUAAUUUUGAGUGCUUUUGUUCACCCAUCUAUAAGGACCAAUGUAUCAAAAAGUGUUGGAUCAAAUGAGCAGGGAAUUGCUCAAGGGUGCAUAUCUGGAAUUAGUUCUUUUGCCAGCAUAUUAGCUCCACUUGUCUUUACUCCCUUGACAGCAUGGUUCCUUUCGGAAACAACGCCGUUCAACUUCAAAGGCUUCAGCAUUAUGGUUGCUGGUUUUUGUACGCUCAUUGCUUUUGUCAUCAGCAUUAGGAUGCGCGCGGCGAGAUGUGGAGUUAGCGAGAAAGUGAGCCUUGUGCAGCAUGAGCAAGCAUGACAUACACAACACCCUGAUUAAGAGUCAUGCUUCCAGGAGAAUGAAUGACCGUCGACAUGCAAAAGCACCUUUCUCUAUUAUAUGAACGCUGCAGAUGUCGAAUUGGGUAGUGACAUGCAAGUUUUGCCUGGUGUAAACACUGUCCUACCAGUAGAUAGCUCACCGGAAUAGUUAACUGUACGUAGCUUGCUUCAGAAAGGGAGUGAAUGGGUAAGCACUUAGCAUUCAGAGUUGGCGCAGCGCUGUUCCUGAAUGGAGAAUGUAUGGUGGAUGAAUUGCAAAGUA